AUGUUUAGAUUAUCAGUACAAUUGUGUGUUCUGACUGUCCUGAUUGGUAAAUAUUUAGAGGUGAAAUCUCCAAUCGGUAAACUUCCAGUCGGCCAAGGUCACUUCUCUGCGGUUCCGACUUUCGGGCAGGAUUAUAGCAAAGGUGUGCGUGGUAAACCAGAGACCGCACAACUUAACUCUGGUAAGCUUGUGAAGGCCAACUCCCCAAAGACUUCCGUUACGACAUACGGCCCCUAUCCCCCAGAAAAUCGUGGCUAUGCUGAUCUAUGGCAGCGUGACCAUUCCAGUGGUGGUCGAGGACCGUCACCUGCAGUGCUGCAUAGACAACCGACAUUUGAUGGACACAGGAGACCGAAAUCAAUUGAACCGGAUCCAAAUUCACAUUCGAGUGUCAGUUGGAUGCGUCCAGAAUCACGAAGUGGGUCUGCCGAAGGAGAACACCUCCGUCGAACUGGUUAUCCCACUCAGUCAAACGAAGGGGAGCAUACGCGCAAUUUGGAGAAAUCCAUUCUCAAUUUGAAACUGCAUCCAGAUCCAGGGUAUGAUCAGGACUAUGUGACUCCUGCUUGGGGAACACAGUUGGACGCAACCCACGCACAACAAUCGCAGGUGCCUAUGCAGGUACCAUCCAAUCAACAACAUUCUCACCAAUAUCAACUGCAGCAGCAACAGCCGAUUCAAACACCACCACAUCUGCAGCAGCAGCAGCAUCACCACUACCAACAGCAACAACAACCACAGCAUCAACAACAACUACCCAGUUUUAAGUCGCAGGAGCCAUUUUCAUUCGGCACUACUUCCAUUCAAACGCCUGCAUAUUUUCUUCUGAAUAACGCGAAUACCACUGGUAGCUUGGCCCGGGACACGGUCGUCUACCCACGGAUUCACCCAUAUGAUGUCAAUCAAGCAGCUACAACACCACCAACUGUCAUUGUGGGUGGGACAUCAAGUCAAUGGACAGCGCCAGGGAGUCAUCAAGCAAACUAUUCCGGAACGAUCGGUGGUUUCCCGACCCAGCUAAUGGCUUCCCCAGCUUAUUCCCUUAUGGCUAAUCCCGCUGUCGGUCCUAAUGUGGCAACUAUUCCCGCAACAGCUCAAAUUCAACCCCAAAUCGCUAUAGUGGCCGCAGAUCCGGCCACUUUAAGAGCUUUACUUUCGGGCAGUCUGGCUCCGCAUAACCUGUUCCAGCCACUGCUAAUCACUCAACAACCACAGCCCCUUUUACAACCAUCUGUUGCGCAGCUACCACACGAUCAACAACAACAACAGCAAAUACAAACAUUAUCUCUAUCACAGCAGCAGGAGCAAGAGCUACAACAACAACAGCAACAACAACAAACGCAGCCAGCAGCACCAAAGCAACAGCCACAACAACCGCAAAAAGAAACCCAACCUUCUAGGCAAUCAGAACAGCACAAACAACACCAACAACGAAUAAAACAACAAGAAGUUCCAACUCAGUCCGCAUCACACUCUAAUCUAGGCCACCUUCGGGUUAGGAAUCCCUCGAGUGGUCACUAUUCCUCCAGCUUUGAGCAACCGGAAGUAGAUGUGAGUAAGACCACGUGCACUACAUCAGAACCGAUAAAAAGUUCCGAACGGGCAAAUAAGGGAAGUCAAAAAACAAGUUCUGUGGCAAAUGAGGUUCAAACAGUAUACAACCGAUCUACCGAGGCUAAUACACCUCAACAAUCGGAACCAAGACCAUCAGUCACUGCUCAUCCUGAUGUGAUCACUCGUGCCAGACAUAGCACAAUGAUGGCAAAUGGCAAAAGUACAUUGACCAAAGUCCAAACAAAGACACAAGAGGAUGAGGAAGUGAAUAAUGUUCCCCGGAUCGGACACCCACCUCGCACAGUACGAAAACUGGCCAAACCAGAUUUGCUAGAAAGUAGUUCAACGAGUGAAGAGCUUCGUCACACAACUUUGCGGGAACCGCGUAAAUUGAAUGUGGAAGCGUUUUUGGAACAAAGUCGGAGGAGAGUAUCCGACGUGCAGAAUCCGAUGAAAUCACCUGAUGAGGCUUGGGGUGCUGAUGAUUGUGACACAAUUGGGCGCCGUCGCGAGCCUAUUUCCAUCAGUGCGUAUUACGAAAAGAUGAAGAAGGAACGUGGCACACGACCCCUUAGUGCAUAUCGUCCGCUAACGUCCGUGGAACAGGAUAGAAAAGAACCUGUAUAUAUGACUCGUUCAGACCCAAAAGCGGGAAGCACUACACGAAAUGUGAAACCUAUUGGAGUCGAAAAACGAGCCAAUCCAAUUUUAAGGCGUGCUGUGACUUUUGCUGCGGAAUCAAAUGAAAAUUUGCCAGUAUUACCUCAUGAAGGAUCGGACGGGAUCCCGCAUAGAACCCAACGAGAUCCGACCAUAAUGUCCGUGGCAGAACGUGCCCGUCAGUGGAUUGAAGGCCGAGAAAGAGAGCUGAAUGAUACUCAUCGAUAUUCUACGUGUGGAUUUAUCGAUCAAGAUCUUAUGGAUUGUCAAGAGAUUGUUCCAGUCGAGGAUCGUGUAAAAAUGUUUGACAGUGGAAGUCUUUCUCAGAGGUCUACAGAGGAACCGGCCGAGGAAAGCCGCACCGAAGUGGAAAAAGUUUCACACGUUCCCGUUCCUGAACGACAGACUAUCACCCCCACAGCGGUACGGCAAGAAACACGUUUGUCGGCACCCACACGAACGGUUGCGUCUAUGAGACUUCGGGCGUCUAAAUCACCACCAAGCGAUACAAAUUUCCCGCGGGCAGCAGUCGGAUUGCAACGAAUUCGCAUGACCAAACCCGGAACCAGUACGACUCCCGCUGUGCCUAUUAAUCUCUCUCAAAACGGUGGCCAAUCCAGUUCUCCGCAAACUCACGGAGAUGAAUUGACACGGAUCAGUCGUAUGCGUGAAAACAGCUCGAAUUGGCGCAACCGGGUGCAAUUCAACUCCUUUGAUGAACCGAUUCCCAGCAUGGAGAGUAUUCGCAAAUCGUUAGUAGACAGUCAGAAAAGUUGGCAGAAACGAGUUGAGGAAAAGGAUGUGGAUAAUUUCACCGUUGCAGGCCGCCUGCGAAAUUCCCCCACAAGUGGCUCUCCAGAACCACCAACCGCCUCGAAUGAUUUGGAACAAGCUAUCAACUGUCCUAAACGCCUCCCGGCAGUUCCUAUUGUGCGAGCAACAAGCAAAGAAAAUCGUCCAAGUAAGUUCCAGACAAGCUGA